AUGACUCGAAAAUAUAAUUGUUUAUUCUUUUAUUUUUUCGUUUUAAACGCUCCGAAGCAUGUUUAUACGGAAGACGUCGAAGUGAAAUUGGGAAAUGGUGUUCUAUUAGGUAAAAUCGAGAAAAGUUUAUUGAAAGAAAAUGAUUUUUUAGCGUUUAGGGGUAUACCGUAUGGGGAAGCUCCUGUCGGCAAAUUACGAUUUAAGCCUCCGGUACCACAUAAAGGAUGGGAAGGCACGUACGAAGCAUACGUCGAAAAGCCAACAUGCCUACAAUUUAGCUCAAGAAUGCGCAAUGGCGAAGAAUUCGGUAUAUCUGGCUCUGAAGAUUGUCUCUUCAUUAACAUUUUCACACCAAGCCUCAAAGGUUCUGCUCCUGUCGUUGUUUUUGAUUACAACGAUAACUUCAGAACCGGUUUCAAUGGCAGCCUCACGUACGCACCAGACUUCUUCGUGGAAGAAGGCGUCGUUGUUGUCACAAUAAGUCACAGAUUGGGAUUACUCGGCUAUUUAACAACCGAAGAUGAUGUAAUUCCUGGUAAUAAUGGCUUGAGAGACUUUCUGCUUGGUCUACAGUGGAUUCAGGAUAAUAUCAAAUCGUUUGGAGGAGACGCAAGUAGAGUAAGUGUGAUGGGUAACCGUGGAGGGGCCGCGAUUGCUGAAACACUAUUAUAUUCCAAAAAAGCAAAAGGUUUAUUUUCCGCAGUAAUGAUACAAAGCGGUACCACGUUAGAAGCUAUGUACUUUUAUAGAACACCGAAGGCGAAAGCUUUUGAAUUUGGUAGAGUCCUUAAAAUAGAAACAGAUGACAGCGAAGUUUUGUUAGAAGGCCUUCAGAAGGUCGAGGCUGGUGAGCUGUUACGAAACGAAAUCGGAGUACUUGAUAACGACGAAUUUGAAAACGACCAACACAGUACGUUUCCAUUCGCUCCCACGAUCGAACCUGAAAAUCCUGAAGCUGUAAUUACAAAUCUUCCCGAAAACGGACACAUCGUAAACGACGUGCCGGUUUUGAUCGGCUUCAAUUCGCGUGAGGGAUUAGAUUUGACGUCACAUUUUUUGGCUAUGCCCCAAUUAGUCUCGCACCAAAUCGAAGAAAACAUCGUACAGUUCCCUAUAAGACAGAACUACAGAUUUGUAAACGGCGAUAAAGCGUACAAAGAAGCAGCUAAGGACAUAUUAGAAUUUUACUUCGAAGACAAAUCCGUGCACUACGGCAACGUAAUGGAAUACACGGUUUACGCUGGUGAUGUAUUACAGAUGUAUGCUUUGCAGAAAGCGGUGACGAAACUGUCAGCUGAAUUGCAAUCGAACCUUUACUUCUACAUGUUCGAUUUCCUAGGUGAAUUUAACGAGAACAGCUAUCAUAUAUCUAGAUUUUCGAGAUACAAAACGGAAAACCACGGUGCAACUAUUGGUGACGAACUGUGCUAUUUGCACUUGUGUAACCGAAUUAGAAAUACUUACAAGCAAAUUCUGAAAUUGCCUAAUGUAUUACAAGACGUAAAAUUACUGAAGAAAAUGGUACGUCUCUGGACGAACUUCGCUAAGAGCAGAAACCCAACACCAAGUAAAGACGACACUGUUCUAAAUGGUCUAAUAUGGAAUCCCGUGGUAAAAGAAGCGAAUGUAUUAAAUUAUCUCCACAUCACAAAAAAACCCAGAAUGUCUGUGGAUCCGCUCGGUGAUAGAGCAAAAUUUUGGGAUAACUUUUUAGAUAAAUAUUCGAAAAUGGCUGUCGAUGGUAUUGUUAAAGCGAAAGAGACAAAAGACGAAUUAUAA